AGCACAUCGCCCUACCUCGCGCGGAGGGAUACCUGGAAAUUCUACACCCGGCUCUCCCUCGCCCUUUCUAGUUUCACAUAUAUCUAUUUCACCCUUACGGCGCCGCUUCUGUUUGUUCCCGGUGCAGCUGUAUCAUUACAGCUCGGGGGAGACGUCUUCCGCAGCGUACUACAUGCGCCAGGUGGCGGAGGCUGAUAUUUCCGGUUUCCGGCGAGGAGAGCUGAAACUUGCGACUUCCGGUCAAGAAUGGUGAUGAAAACAAACCGGGGUUCUUUCUGCAACUAUAUGACCGGGGAGACACACUUAGGGGACCGGAGAGAGACUCGGAGAAAGGCGGUACCUUGAGCAUCUGACACCCCCAGGGGCGGUAUUGAUACUUGUGGCCCCGGAGAGGAACAAAGGCCGGAAGGGCCCCAGUUUCACAUUACAAAGUUGCAUCAGGACUGUGAGGAGCCUGCAGGGGCCUAGGGAUGGGAUGGUGGCACCGUGAUAGAUACAGACUGGACAGGAGCCUCUGGAUGUGCUGAAGGGCCUGCUGUGCUUUUGGAAGGGAACCGAAUACUGAGGCUCUUAAUAGGAGGCUCCUGGGGCCCCUACUGCAGCAAGAAGAGGUUGUCUCCCUUAUCCUGAGAGGUGACAUACAAUUACAGCUCUUAAAACAAGGCUGCCUCAGUGACACAAACUGGAGACGUUCAGGGAGGAGCUGCAUGCUGUUUGGGCUUGAUACAAAAAUUGUUUCUCUGAUUAUAAAAGAGAGGGACUUGCUACAUAGGUGGCUCAGGAACUUGGGGUGUCAUAGUCAGGCAGAGCUACUGUCAACCCAGUGUUAUCCCCUCUACUUCAAGGGGGGCUUCAAUGCGGUAGCUAAAGUAAUAAACCCAUUAUAUAAGACUGAGCAGCAGUGACAGCUAUUUGGGACUGCAAUUGUUUCAAGAAAAGUAACUCGUCGACUCUCUGUUGCGGAACAGAGGCUUCAUUUUUUUGGACUGUAUGAGAUAAAGCGAGAGAAGCCAGUAUUAACAUUUUGGGAAGGCACAAGUUCCUACCUGCGGGAAUUAGAUAACCCAGAAGUGAAUUGAUCUGUGUAUCAAGAGUCUCAGGAAUCCCCUAAACUAGUAUUAGACCGCAUUUGCUUCCUUUGGAAGAAGCCAGUGUUAAUAACAGCAGGCACAGGGUACUGUGAAGCGAGGUGUAAAUCCUUAGCUGUAGUUAGAGGAUCACAGAGAAAACUCAGUAAUUUCCAGCAAUGUGGGACAUUACUUCAUGACAGAGCAAGGAGUUUAUCCAAGCAAGAUCUGGGAUGUUAUUUGUCUAGUUGUGUGCCCUUGAGGAUUAACACUUGUCUGGAAUGGCCACCUACAUUGAAUUUGUGCCCCCUCCGGAAUGCCCGGUAUUUGAGCCCAGCUGGGAGGAAUUCUCCGAUCCCCUGAGUUUCAUUGAACGCAUUCGGCCUAUUGCCGAAAAAACAGGGAUAUGCAAAAUCCGACCUCCCAAGGACUGGCAGCCACCCUUUGCCUGCGACGUGAAAAGCUUCAGCUUCACCCCUCGAAUACAGCGCCUCAACGAACUCGAGGCAAUGACCCGUGUAAAGCUUGAUUUCUUGGAUCAGCUGGGAAAAUUUUGGGAGCUGCAAGGGUCCGCACUCAGGAUUCCAGUGGUGGAUCGCAAACUGUUGGAUGUGUAUGCACUGAGCAAGAUAGUUUCCAGCGAGGGAGGCUUUGAGGUUGUCACAAAAGAGAAGAAAUGGUCUCAGGUGGGAAAUCGAAUGGGAUACCAGCCAGGGAAAGGAACAGGUUCUCUUCUAAAGGUGCACUAUGAUCGAAUUCUCUACCCCUAUGAAUUGUUCCAGUCUGGCGUCAGCCUGAUGGGCAUAAAAAAAACUCUGAAGGUAGAAGAGAAGGUGGAAGUGACCGAGCCAUUUGAGGUUCAAAAAGACUCACCCGAGAAGAAAAUGAUUGCCCCUAUGAAAAGGUCUCGACGCAUAAAGUCAGAGCCAGAAACUUUAGAGAUCACAAAGAGCACUGAUGUGAAGAAGCUGCAUGUUUUUGGAGCAGCUGCAAGAAUGAUUGGAGUUGGUGACAGUGUGAAAGACCGAGCUGAUGAAGCUUGCAAGAAACGGAAAAGUUCAAAGCUGGAGGCAUUUGGAAUGCAGAGAACACAUCGGAAGGGGGCCCUGUCAGUUAGUUUUGUUGACUUGUACAUCUGUCUGUUCUGUGCCCGUGGUGACUGUGAAGACAAAUUGCUGCUGUGUGAUGGAUGUGAUGACAGCUACCAUACCUUUUGCUUGAUCCCACCUCUUUCAGAGGUACCCAAGGGUGACUGGAGGUGUCCCAAAUGUGUGGCUGAGGAAUGUAGCAAACCCCGUGAAGCAUUUGGAUUUGAGCAGGCAGUGAGGGAGUACACUUUACAAAGCUUUGGAGAAAUGGCUGACAGUUUCAAAUCUGAUUACUUCAACAUGCCUGUACAUAUGGUUCCUACUGAGCUGGUGGAAAAAGAGUUUUGGCGAUUAGUCAGUUCCAUUGAAGAAGAUGUGAUCGUGGAGUAUGGAGCCGACAUCUCCUCUCGGGAUUUUGGGAGUGGCUUCCCAGUAAUGGAUGGAUGGAAAAAGUUAACUGCAGAUGAAGAGGAUUACGCUCAUUGUGGAUGGAACCUCAAUAACAUGCCUGUGCUUGAGCAGUCUGUGCUCACCCACAUCAAUGCUGAUAUCUCUGGUAUGAAAGUUCCCUGGCUCUAUGUGGGCAUGUGUUUCUCCUCCUUCUGUUGGCACAUUGAAGACCACUGGAGUUACUCCAUCAACUACCUGCACUGGGGGGAGCCAAAGACAUGGUAUGGUGUCCCAUCACAUGCUGCUGAACAGCUGGAGGAUGUAAUGAGGACUCUAGCACCAGAGCUUUUUGAGUCACAACCAGAUCUCUUGCAUCAACUAGUAACCAUCAUGAAUCCUAACGUCCUGAUGGAACAUGGAGUCCCAGUAUACAGGACUAAUCAGUGUGCCGGAGAGUUUGUGAUCACCUUUCCUCGCGCAUAUCAUUCUGGAUUCAAUCAGGGCUAUAACUUUGCAGAGGCUGUAAAUUUCUGCACUGCAGACUGGCUUCCAAUGGGCCGUCAAUGCGUAAGCCACUACCGUAGGCUGAGGCGCCAUUGUGUCUUCUCUCAUGAAGAGCUGAUCUUUAAGAUGGCCUCUGAUCCAGAGUGCCUGGAUGUGGGCCUGGCAGCCGCAGUAUGUAAAGAGAUGACCAUAAUGAUAGAGGAAGAGACCAAACUGAGGGAAUCAAUUGUGCAGUUGGGAAUUGUACAGGUCGAGGAGGAGGCUUUUGAGUUGGUGCCAGAUGAUGAAAGGCAAUGUUCUUCUUGUAGAACCACAUGCUUUCUGUCUGCGCUCACGUGUUCCUGCAGCUUGGAUAGACUUGUUUGUCUAUAUCAUGCAGAGGAUCUCUGCUCCUGUCCCACGCAAAAUAAGUGUCUCAGGUACCGUUAUUCGCUGGAGGACCUGCCUUUAUUGCUUUAUGGUGUGAAAUCACGGGCACAAUCUUAUGAGUCUUGGGUGAAUCGGGUUAAGGAAUCUCUGUCUGCCUCUCUCAACCACAAAAAAGAUGUAAUCGAGCUGAAAGUCAUGCUGGAGGAUGCAGACGAUAGGAAGUUUCCAGAGAACGAUCUGUACCGCAAACUCCGUAAUGCUGUUAAGGAGGCAGAAACCUGUGCAUCUGUUGCCCAGUUGCUACUCGCCAAAAAACAAAAGCACAACAGAUUAAAUCCAGAAUAUGGGAAGACUCGCACCAAACUCACCAUGGAGGAGCUUAAAGCCUUUGUGCAUCAGCUGUUCAGCCUGCCCUGUGUUAUCUCUCAGGCCCGACAGGUUAAGAAUCUGCUUGAUGACGUGGAGGAGUUCCAUGAACGUGCUCACGAAGCCAUGCGUGAUGAUAUCCCCGACUCCAGCAAGCUUCAGGCACUCAUAGACCUUGGCUCCAGCUUGUAUGUGGAACUUCCAGAGCUGCCACGAUUAAAGCAAGAGCUUCUGCAGGCCCGCUGGCUUGAUGAGGUUCGGCAGACUUUGGUAGAGCCUCACAGGGUUACUUUGGAUGUGAUGAAGAGACUUAUCGACUCUGGAGUAGGUCUAGCCCCACAUCACGCAGUGGAGAAAGCAAUGGCAGAUUUGCAGGAACUGCUUACAGUAUCAGAGAGGAUGGAAGAGAAAGCCAAAACAUGUCUGCAAGCCAGACUACAGCACAGCAUGGGAGGUAUUGAGAGCAUCAUAAUGGAAGCCAAGAACAUCCACGCUUUUCUACCCAAUGUGCUAGCUCUAAAGGAAGCCCUACAAAGGGCUAAAGAUUGGACAUCCAAAGUGGAGGCCAUUCAGAGUGGCUCUUACUAUGCGUACAUAGAGCAGUUAGAGAACCUGCUUGUGAAAGGCCGCCCCAUCCCUGUGCGCCUUGAUGCCCUCCCUCAGGUGGAGUCCCAGGUUGCAGCAGCUAGGGCUUGGCGAGACAGAACAGCCAGAACAUUCUUAAAGAAAAACUCCAGCUAUACACUGCUACAGGUGAUGAGUCCACGAACUGAUAUUGGUGUGUACGGCAGCAGUCGGAGUAAGAGGAAGAAAGUCAAAGAGUUAAUGGAUGAGAAAGAUUUGGAUCUGGAUUCCAUGAGUGAGCUUGAAGAACCAAUGGAAGAGCCCCGGGAUGCUGCAUCUGUGGUUGCAGUGUUUAAAGACAUGGAGCACAAAGAGGUGGAUGCCAUGCGUUCUUUGAGGUCGGCUAAUCUGGUUAAGAUGACGGUAGUAGAUCGCAUCGAGGAGGUUCGGUUCUGUGUGUGCCGGAAGGCAGCUAGCGGCUUCAUGCUGCAGUGCGAGCUUUGCAAAGACUGGUUCCACAGCACCUGCGUUCCACUGCCCAAAACAAGCUCUCAGAAAAAGGGCUCCAGCUUGCAGUCCAAGGACGUGAAAUUUCUCUGCACUCAGUGUAUGCGCUCCCGAAGGCCGCGCCUAGAGACUAUCCUCUCCCUGCUCGUUUCCCUGCAGAAACUACCUGUGCGGUUACCUGAAGGAGAGGCCUUGCAGUGCCUAACAGAACGAGCCAUGAGCUGGCAGGAUCAGGCAAGGCAGGCUCUGGCCACAGACGAACUGUCAUGUGCUCUUGCUAAGCUUUCUGUUCUGAGCCAGCGUAUGGUGGAGCAGGCGGCACGUGAGAAGACGGAGAAGAUCAUUAGCGCAGAGUUGCAAAAAGCUGCAGCGAAUCCCGAUCUGCAAGGUCACUUGCCAAUUUUCCAGCAGAGCUCCUUUAGCCGGGGGCUGUCCAGCUUGGCUCCAUCUCCCCAAAUGCCUUUAGAUUACGACGAUGAGGAGACUGAUUCAGAUGAGGAUAUAAGGGAGACGUACGGUUAUGAUAUAAAGGACAGCGGCAGCAUCAAAUCUUCAAGCAGCCUGGAGCCAAACCUGUUCUGUGAUGAGGAGAUCCCAAUUAAGUCUGAAGAAGUUGUGAGCCACAUGUGGACGACGUCCUCAUUUUGUGCUGAACAUGCUUACUCCUCCGCCUCCAAGAGCUGUGUCCAAGGCACCCCACGGAAGCAACCCAGGAAAAGCCCACUGGUGCCCCGCAGCCUAGAGCCUCCUGUGCUAGAGCUUUCCUCAGGAGCCAAGUGCCAGCUGGAGGAACUUAUGAUGUUGGGAGAUCUGCUGGAGGUAUCCCUGGAUGAGACUCAGCAUAUCUGGAGAAUCCUGCAGGCAACACACCCACCCUCCGAGGAAAAGUUCCUGCAUGUCAUGGAAGAUGAUAGCCUGGAUGAGAAACCAGUGAAACUAAAAAACUCGUCAGAGAAAAAACGCAAGAGAAAGUUAGAGCGAGCAGAACUGCUCCUGGCCGAGGGCAAACAGAGGUCCAAGGAACUGAAAAAGCUGGAUAAGACCAAAAAGAAAAAGCUGAAAUUGGGGCACGACAAGGCCAAGGAGUUGAGCAAGCUGGCCAAAAGACUGGCCAAGGAGGAGGAACGCAAGCGGAAAAAGGAGAAAGCAGCAGUUGUCAAGGCUGAACUUAGUAAAGAAAUUGCUGAGAAGAAGCGAGAAAAGAAAGUGCUCGAUAUCCCGUCUAAGUAUGACUGGUCAGGAGCCGAAGACUCAGAUGAUGAGAAUGCAGUAUGUGCUGCGCAGAACUGCCAGAGACCGUGCAAGGAUAAGGUCGAUUGGGUGCAGUGUGAUGGGGGCUGCGACGAAUGGUUUCAUCAGGUGUGUGUGGGUGUCUCCUCGGAGAUGGCUGAGAAUGAAGACUACAUCUGUACGAGCUGCAGCAGGAAGCGGGUGCAGAGUUCAGGCCCCCCUUGUCCACCCUGCCCUUCGAAUUUGACUUUCUCCCCUGGUUUCCCUUUGUCUCCCGUUGAGGUUAAACAGGAAGUCAGCUAGCACAGCAGAUAAGAUGGAGCACUGACUGGUUGUUUCAUAACUUCCUACCGUUUAGUCUAUCAGCCUCUGCCUACUUCUUCGCAAAGGGGGGGAUGUGUUUGUUUUAGAUAGUUCUUUCGACACUGAGCAAGCCCUGGUGCUGUUCAACCUCUGCACCAGUCGAGUCCAGUGAUGCUGAAGGAAACAAGACAUAAACGCACAUAAGGAUGGAGUAGGUUCGGUUCCCUUUCUGUAAUCCAAACUGCUCCCACCAGCAGAGGAAAGACUGAGUAUCCAACUCCCUAGAUGCCUCUCCCAGUAGUACAUGGUAGGAGUAGCUGUUCCUGGCAUUAAUAAAAAUCGUCUCCGGUAGAGACAUGUAUCUGUCUACAGAUCACUCAGGUUCAGUAGCAGAUCUAUAUCCAGGCCCAAUGAUAUGCACUUCCGAUUCAAGGAUCCACAUUAAUGCAUCAAGCAGUGAUUUAAAGCCUUCUAAUUGAUUUUUGGAGUAUUAAAAGCUGUGCAUCCCUGGCGUGGCGAAUAACUACAGUGUCACCUUUUGGGCAGGACAAUUAUGUUUCAAUCUAGUUACAGCCCAAUUUUAUUCCUGUUCCUUUCUGAGCAUGACACAGGUAUCCCUGUUGAUUGCAUUUUAUAAACUCUGAUGACCCGAAGGGUGAUGAAAUUGCAGCAUUGAAGGAGAAGUGGUGCCAACUGGAAAAUGGCUGCUGUGGGACAUUGGCUUGUGACAUCCUGAGGAGGAAAGAAAAGCCUAAAACGAGACUUGCUUUUCAUUUCUGACUACUGUGUAAUAAUAGAUUUUUCUCCCACACUCCUCACUGUGUGUCUGAUGUCGGCCGUAUUUGUUUUACAUACCUUUCAGUCCUUUCUUUGUGCUAAAAGAACAGGACCUCUCUGGUGUUGUCCGCUACAUUGUACUUAAAAUGCAGGAGGGAGUAGCUCUAGAAAUUUCCACGAGUAAUGAAGUGCCCUUUGAAGAAUA